AUGAUCGGUGCCACGAGGCGCUGGUUUCGGCGCAAUCGCAAAGGCCUCGCAAUCGGUGCUGGCAUUAUCGGCGCUGGCUAUCUCGCGGGACAGUAUGUUCUCUCGAAAAUCACAGAGGCGCGGGAGCGAAUGAGCAGUGACCGAAUUGCCCGAGAGAAUUUACGGCGACGUUUCGAACAGAACCAGACCGAUUGCACCUAUACUGUUUUGGCGCUCCUGCCGACGGCCGCGGAAGAGAUCCUGGAAGCCCUCCCUGUGGAGGCAUUGACCAAAGAGCUACAGAAAAAGCGCGCAGAGAGGCUAGCACGGCUCCAAGCUGGCGAGGGAACUGUAUCGGAUCUGAGCUCGGUCUCCCCCAGUAUAGCUGAGGAUGACCGGCGGAGUCUGUCCAGCUUCCAGAGCGACGGGUUUGUCCGGACGAGUCAACUGGGAGAGUCGACCAUCGAGGGCGACGCGCUGCCACGGGUGAAGCGAAAUAAGACCCAGCUCUGGAAUGAGGUCAAGAUCACCUCUAUCACCAGGUCGUUUACUCUCAUCUACACCCUAUCGCUCUUGACCAUCUUUACUCGCAUUCAACUCAAUCUCCUCGGUCGCCGCAACUAUCUAUCUAGCGUCAUCUCUCUGGCUACACCCCCGGCGAAUGCGUCCACGAUCAAGCUUGAGGACCACGACGAUGAUGACCUCACUCAGACGCUGGGGAAUGAUUUCGAGACAAACAGACGCUAUCUUGCUUUCAGCUGGUGGUUGCUCCAUCGCGGUUGGAAGGAAUUGAUGAACGAGGUCCAGGCUGCGGUCACAGAGGUCUUCGGCUCCUUGAACCCCAGGGAGGACAUUACUGUGGGGAGACUAUCGGCUCUGACCCUGGACAUCCGCAAAAAGGUGGAAGGCACCACUCCAGAGGAUAGAAGAAGCCGAAAAUGGCUCUCCUAUCUGCUCCCUCUGCGUGAUGAGGAGGACCAUCUGUUGAAGGAGUCUGGAGUUCUAGGAGUAACUGAACCUGCAACUUCCCAGUCCGCUUCGACCCUGCGUCAUCUCCUCGACGAGACAGCGGAUCUGAUUGAUUCUCCCACUUUUGGUCGCGUUCUGCAAGCACUCAACGACGAAUGCUUUGGUCUUCUGAUGGGCCAGAUCAUCAAAGAAGCAUUCCAGUCGCCAUCUCAAGGGCCCGAGAGCGCCCCGCAAUCGUUCACCUCAAUUGCUACCGUUGUCCCCCCAGUGAAGACCGUGGAUCUCAAGACGAAGCUAGCUAAUGUGCUGGCUGUGAUGGCGCGCCAGGCGCACGUCAUUGGCAAUGGCACCAACCCGCCCAAUGUGUACCUGACCGCUAUGGAUCAGAAUGUCCGGAAUCUGGAGGCCUUUGCCGCUGUGAUUUACAGCUCGAACUUUGACGUCCAGGUACCGGGCGUGGAACAGAAAACAGAACCGAUCGCCGCGGAGGGAGACGGUGCCGAUACCCCUUCAACCCUCCCUGUCAUGGUGGACAAAGAGGAGGCUGAGGAUGUGGUACAAGCUAGCUCCAGUGCAGGCGCCGGCGAAGAUUCGACCUUCGAAAAGGCAUGGGGAAAGGCAGUGGAGGAGGGAUCGAGUGAACCAGCUCCCUAA